AUGCUGUCUCGACUAUCGCACAAGGAAUUGUUGCGUCUUGCGACCAAAGCUGCCAUUCCACCGCUUUUGCCGGAGUUCCACAAAGGCCAAUGCGGCCGGGUGUGCAUCAUUGGCGGGUGUGAAGACUACACCGGCGCUCCGUACUUCAGUGCACAUUCAGCAGCGCUGUUUGGCGCAGAUUUGACCCACGUUAUGUGCGAGCUAAACGCAGCAACUGUGAUUAAAUCGUACACGCCAAACUUGAUGGUACAUCCGUAUUUGCGAGAAUCGGGCGCUGGCACAGCGCCCAUGGAUAAAAUCCAAGGUUUGCUGGACCGGAUGCACGUGUGUGUGGUGGGACCCGGUCUUGGCCGAGACCGGGCUAUGUUGGACUCCAUUGUCGAUGUGCUCGAAUAUCUAGCCAACAAGCACAAGGGCGAGACUCCUGUGAUAUUGGACGCUGACGGUCUGUUUUUGAUCUCAGACGAGAGCUACUCUGAAAAAGUCUGCAAAAUCCUACGUGCUUUCAAACCGGGACGGCUUGUACUAACACCCAAUGUUGUGGAAUUCAAACGGAUCAAAGACCGUUUUGGCUGCGAAAGCGGCGCAGAACUUGCAGAUAAGUUGAAGUGUGUUGUGGUGCAGAAGGGCCAGGAAGACAAGAUUUGGUACGACCAGUCUGUCCUAAAAUGCGCUGCCAAGGGCGCCAAUAAACGGGUUGGCGGCCAAGGCGAUACUUUGACGGGGAUAAUAGCCUCCAUGCUGGCCUUCAGUAGGGCAACUUACGAUUUCAAAAUCUGGGAACCCAGUGAGAAGCUUGAAUGGUUCGACUUGGCGGUUCUAAGCUGCUACGUGGGGAGCUCUGUGACGCGGGAAUGUUCACGUCUUGCAUUUGAGAAACAUGGACGGGCAAUGCAAACGACAGAUGUCAACGACAGGGUUGGCGAUGCUUACAACUCGCUAUUGAGCAAACUUUGA